AUGUGUCGACGCGUGCAGUGCUCGAAGUGCGACAAACCGACGUGGGCGGGAUGCGGAAUGCACAUCGAGAGCGCGCUCGCGGGCGUCCCAGUGGAGGAGCGAUGCGCGUGUGAACGCGGAAGUAUCUUCGGUUCGUUGUUUGGAAAGAAGAAGAAGCCGGCGGCGUGA